CGGCUUCCUUUAUGUUACAGGCACAUGCAAAGAUGGAUCUCCCGGAUCCUGCGAAUGAACGACGGAAGUUUGGAUCAAGGCGCAAGGAGUCCGAGCUGUCCAUACGCAGCGAGGACGAGAACACGUCGUCCAUGUUUCACUUCACGUCCAAGGUGCGCUCAAUGAAGCAUGGCAUCGCCAGCAGAAAGCUGACACCACUCGAAAAGAAGUACCUGCUGGCAGCUGAGCACGGUGACAUACCCACCGUGUCAAGGAUACUGCACCUGGCCAAAGCGCGUUCUGAACUGGUGGAGCUGGACAUAAACUGCGCCGACUCAUUGGGUCGCACAGCAGUGCACAUGGCGAUCGAGAACGAGAAUUUGCCUCUGCUCGAGACGCUUCUUGGAGCCAGCGUCGAGGUUCAGGACAGCCUGCUUCAUGCCAUCAAUGCCGAGUACGUCGAAGCGGUCGAGUUGCUGCUCGACUACGAGGAGACUACACAUGUGGAGGGAGAGCGAUACAACUGGGAGAAGGUCAACUCGGCCACGUCCACUUUCAACCCGGAGAUCACGCCGCUGAUCCUCGCUGCCCACCGCAACAACUACGAGAUCCUCAAGCUGCUGCUGGACCGCGGAGCAACGAUUCCCAUGCCGCACGAUGUGCGCUGUGGCUGCGACGAGUGCGCCGAGGCUGUGCGCCGCGACUGUCUGCGCCACUCACGCUCUCGCAUCAAUGCCUUUCGCGCCCUCUCGUCGCCCUCGCUCAUCUGCCUGUCGAGCGUGGACCCCAUCCUUACCGCGUUCGAGCUCAGCCUCGAACUCAAGCGUCUCAGUUACGUCGAGAACGAGUUCAAGGUCGACUACAAGAAGCUUCAGCGCCAGUGCCAGGACUUCGCCACGUCUCUCCUGGACCACAUCCGCACGUCAGCAGAACUGGCCUGCAUAAUGAACCACCAAGUGAAAGCUGCCGAAAACCAAGAGGACGACAACAUGUCACUCGCCAGGCUCGAGCUUGCUAUAGCGCACCAGCAGAAAAAGUUCGUGGCACACCCGAACGUGCAGCAGCAGAUGAGCACCCUGUGGUACGACGGUCUGCCUGGAUUCCGGAGAAAGAGCAUCUUCGGCCAGUGCCUGCAGAUUGUCAAGAUUGGUGUGGCCUUUCCCUUUUACUCAGCCAUGUACAUAUUCUUGCCACGCAGCCGGAUAGGAAGGGUCAUGAAGAAGCCAUUCGUCAAGUUCAUCUCGAACGCCUUCUCGUACCUCCUUUUUCUGCUUCUCUUGAUUCUGGCAUCUCAAAGGGUGAACUUGGAAGACCUACACUCUCAUUUUCAAGGUGGCGUAGUCACGAAACAACAGCAGCGAGGCCUGCCGCCUUCAUUCGUCGAAGUAGCCAUUCUGACCUUCGUUGUGGCUCACAUAUGGGAAGAGGCUACCGAAAUCUGGUCGAUAGGGAUGGCCCGUUACCUAAAGGAUAGCUGGAAUAUGCUGGAUUCAAUACGAAAUACCAUGUACGUCGCUGCCACGCUACUGCGUGUGGUGGCCUACAUUAAGGAGAGACAGGAAAUCGGCGACCAGCCACUGCUCGCAUACCUUCCGAGGGAAGAGUGGGAGCCAUUUGAUCCCAUGUUGAUUGCAGAUGGUCUAUUUGCUGCAGGAAACGUCUUUUCAGCACUGCGGCUGGUGCAUCUCUUCUCGAUGAACCCCCACCUGGGGCCUCUGCAGAUCUCCUUGGGCAGGAUGGUUAUCGACAUCGUGAAAUUUUUCUUCGUCUACACCCUGGUGCUGUUCUCGUUCGCCUGCGGUCUCAACCAGCUGCUAUGGUACUACGCCGACCUCGAACAGACUAACUGCGACCCGAACAACAUCAGGGACUCCUCCUGCCUCACCUGGCGACGAUUCUCCAACUUGUUCGAAUCGUCGCAGUCCCUGUUCUGGGCCAGCUUCGGUCUGGUGGACCUCUCCAACUUCGAGCUGACGGGCAUCAAGAGCUACACGCGGUUUUGGGGCCUCCUCAUGUUUGGAUCAUACAGCGUCAUCAACAUCGUCGUCCUACUGAACCUGCUCAUUGCUAUGAUGAGCAACUCCUAUCAACGAAUAUCGGAACGCGCAGACACGGAAUGGAAGUUUGGCCGGGCCAAAUUGAUACUGAAGUACUUCCAGCCAGGUCAGACGUUGCCACCCCCAUUCAACUUGUUGGAGUUCAUCCGCCACAUCACUAAGCUAAUUGGCUGCAAGGGGCCAAGAAGAAAAGACAAGAUUUACUUGGAAGAGAACGGCGCGCAUAUAAAGAGAGAAGAACUCACCUAUCAGGAAGUUAUGAAAAGCCUUGUGUGGCGCUAUGUGACCAGCGAGCAGAGUAAGAACGAGCAGGCACCCGUCACCGAGGACGACGUGAACGAGCUGAAGCAGCAGAUCACCUCCUUCCGGUACGACUUGCUCGAUGUGCUCAAGGACAACGGCAUGAAGAUCAACAAAGUGCAGCGCAAGAGAGCCGAAGCCAUCCCAAACAAAAAGGUGCGCGUGCGUGAGCGGCGCCUACUCAAGGACUUCAGCAUCACGUUGAUGGACGCGUCGGACCCAGACUUGCUUUCGCGUCAUUCGAGCAGCGCUGACGUGAGCAGGCACGAAGCCGAAGAGACGGAGUCGCGGCCCCACUACAGCCGGGUGCUGCAGCGCUGGAGGGAUCUGGUUAAGGCGCUGCAGGUGUCGCCCAUCGGCACCAGCAAGAACCUCACCGCGCCCACGCGAACCUCGGUACUCAGGGAAACACUGGAGCACCAAGUGAGCACCGAGAUUGAGGACGCGCCCUUGCCGACCGUGCGCGAGGAUGAGCAGGCAGCAAACGAGACUCCGCUGGUAGGCUCAGUGCAAGAGGCUGCUGCAAACAACGGCUGGCUGUAGGCGCCGGCUCACAGUUGGUAGAUUGAUGCAUCAAUCAGAGCGGUUUUUUUGACGCCGCCUGUUUGAUUUGCUGGCUUGAUUGGAUUGCGUGUUUCCUUUUCCUUUCCGCGGUCUUGUAUAUACCUAUAUGUGAUCACGUGCAAUAAACUGUCA